CUUCUGAUCAAUUUAGCUCUUGAAAGAGAAGGCGACGCUAGACAGCUCCCUUGGAAAUGCGUUUUGCAACGGUUGGAGCAACACAAGAAGACACUGGCAAAGCGAUCCAUAGAACGUUCUUCUGCAGGCGGUUGCUGGGCUGGGUGCAUCUAGAGAAGCACCAAGCACGGAGAAUGAGGUUGCCUUGCUCAGGCUGAUCUCGCAGAACACGUUGAAAGGGGUUCUGGCCAAGUACCUUCCUUUCGGACGCCAAUUUGAGUACUUGAGGACAAUCUCGAGAUUGUGACGUACUUCCUUGAAAGUAAGCUUUUUGUUUCAAUAAGGUUCCGCCAUGCCACCCUCUGAGCCCCCACCGGCAGACUUGCUGGUGCGGUGCCUGUCGCUGCUGAGUGCGACAGACCAAACCAGUUGGAGCAAGGAAGGCAAACUGACGAUAGAGGGAGAGGUUCGCAAGGCUGCUGGGUCGCGAAAUGGCAGCCUGCUGUCAGCUGCCUUUGACCUCAUUGCAAUGAUUGCACAGCUAGCCAGAUCUGGCUCCAACGAGGGCCCUGCCGAGGCCCUGGAAAGUGCGGCGCGUGAUCUGACGCAGCCGCUCGACCAGUAUGGCACAGGUCUGACCCAAUUUACACAAGGUCUCCUGGAAGAGACGGUCACAGCGCUCCUUCAGACGGUGGGACUGCUUAAGGCGCCCCUCAAGGACACGGACUCCAUCGAGCCAGCCGCCUCGCUGAUUGCGCUCCUCCAGCAACUGCGGCGCCAGCUGUGCGCCGAACCCGACUUCCGCGUCCCGGGGGCCCUCGUCUCGCGCAGCCAAGCGGUACUCCUGGGGUCCCCGGAGCAGCGGGCGGCCAAGCACAACUCGCUGCCGAGCCCGAUUUCGACAUUCCGGGGGCGGGACGCGCUGCUGAUGAGAAUGCAGCAGGUUCUGGGAGAUGUGCCUCCGCUCGGCCGCCGCACCGUGCUCGUGCGGAGCCGGCGGGGGAUGGGCAAGACGCAGCUUGUCUUGACAUACGUGCAAAGACACCUGACGCAGUAUGACAAGGUGCUGUGGCUCUCCGCGAGCACCCCCGCGUGGCGCGUGCGCUACUUGCAACUCGGUGCGUACCUGGGAGUGGACCUCAUCGCACAGGCAAGCUGGGAGGAGCGUGCGGCGCAGGUGCGAGCUGGCAUCCAAGCAUACCCGGGGCGCUUGCUACUCGUCAUCGACGGGGCGGACGAGAACGUCAACUUAAGCACGAUGGUGCCGACCGAUGAGCGGGGUGUGCUUCACCUGGUUGUCACCACCAGCACGCCCGAAAUGAAGGUGGCUGGCUCUGCCGAGGUGGAGGUCCCUGAACUAACCGACGGCCACGCGAUGGCCCUGCUGCGCGGCUCCGAGGAACCCGUUUCGGCAGCAGCCGAGGGCAAUCUAGCCGCCGCGGCCGCCGCGUUCAAGGACCUCACCUUGACGGUCGCUGUUGCGGCGUGCCUCUUCCGCGAAGGCGCCGCUGUGCCCUCUGCUCUCCUCGCGAACGCGGACCCUCUAGGGCUCCAGAGCAACCGCAAGCGCAGCGACGGUUCGGGUCAAUUCUGGCUCGGCCGUUGCUGUUACGAAGCGCUGCGGUUCCUAGAAGAGAGCGGCAAGGAGAAGGCGCUUCUCGCAUCGACGAGCGCGCUCGUCGGGGGGUGGUUCGGGCCCGGGGCGAUCACCCUAGAUUUGCUGGUCAGCGGCCUCCAGUGGCACAUUGGGAGCCGCGUGAAUAGCACGAAAGUCGAGGCGGCGCUGGUGGAGUUGAGCCGCCUCGGGAUUGCCACGCGGCAGGGGGACGGGUCGGUGAUUUUCCCGUCAGUGUUGAGAAACUACGUGGCAGCGGAUAAGAAGCGGGGGGGGCACCACUCGAUGCUGCGCGCUCUUGCGAGCACGAGCUGCGACUGGAGCAACAGCGACCACUUCCGGGCGGUCUGGUCGCGCCGUGCGGAGCUCUCAGACUCGUACGCCAGAAAGCAACUGGUGCUGCUGAUCGGGCUCAAGACGGUGCAAUUCUUCGUGGCGGGGUCGGGGGAGUACUCCGCAGCCGAGGCGCUGUGCACGCAGGCGCUCGCGUGGCUCGGCAAGGAGGAGCCCACGUGGCGCAGCGAGUUCACGGCCAUGCAGGCCCAAGCCCUAGCAGCGCAGCGCAAGUAUGCGGCCGCUUCGCAGAUUUGGCAGGCGCAGACGCAAGCAGCCGAGCCCGCAGACGAAGAAGAAACGUUCAUGCCCAAGAAUUUCCGGGCGGGCGUGCGGCCGCUCCCCCUCGACAUCUCCCAGUCCCAAGACAUGUCCGUAUACGCCCCCCAAAAAACACCAGAGUCCCCCGAGUCCCCUGGUUCGCCCAGUGGCAGUCUGGACAUAUUUCAUGCUGCGCUACCGAACCUGCGCACGACGCCGCUUCCCGAGGGGAACGGAAAGGCGGAGACAAUCAUCGGGGGCAGCGAGGCGUCUACGCCCAAGAGUGCGCUGUCGAUCGUGUCUGCAUUCGGCAUGCCCAGGAAGCGCAUCCAGCGCAACACCAAGACCCCCCCGCUACGUUCCAUGAGCCCGAGCGCGUUCCCCAGCAGCCUCCGCCGCAGCACUUCCACGCCUCUCCAACGCCCCACCCCCCCAAAAACGCCCCGCUCGGUAUCCCCCCACCUCGGGCGCUUCCAAACCCUCAAGAACGGCUCCCCGGAGGCAACCGCCGAGGUUCUGCGGCAGGAGGGCGACACUCUCAUGCGCGCGACGCCUAUCGUCGCGCGGCCCGCGUCGGCGUACCAAACACGGCGCAAGUCUUGGAGCCCGUCCCUGCGCACGAGCCUCGAGCACGAGCAAAAGGAGUUGGUCGCCACAAAGGUCCCCGAAGCGCUGCUGGGCCACGCGGCGGCAGCAGCGUGCGAGGGCGACCUUCAGGGGGCGCUGCACCUGCUCGACCAGGCGAAAGAACACCCGGCCACCGCAGAGGGGGGACACGUGGCACAGGUUCUGCUGCGGCGGGGCCGCGUGGAGACGGCGCUCGGGGACCGAGAAGCGGCGCUCAAGAGUCUCGCGGAAGCGGCGGAACAGGCGGAGAAGCUCUGGGUGAAGGACAAUGUGCGGAGGAGUGAGACGGCGGUAGCGUAUGCGGACGCGUUGGUCGCGGCGGGGCGAACCAGGGAAGCGGCCCCGCUGUACAAAAUGGCGGGGGACAUGCUCGCGAAAGAGAUUGGUGCGUCUCACCUUGUGGUUCUCGAGGUCCGCCAACGGCAAGCGGCCGCCGAAGUCGCGGGGGGAACAGCAGGGGAGGGGGUAGGCCUACUCGAGUUCGGGCGCGCCGCAAAGCAAGCGGCGCUGCUGCCAAAUAGCACGAUUCGCGCGACCGGGCUACAGGCGCUAGCGGAAGCAUAUGCCGCUCAGAGGAGAAUGGACGCAGCGCUGGCGUGCUGGGAGGAAGCCGCCAAGAUCCAGGCGUCGGCGCUUCCGUCCCGAUCCCCAACAGUCGCCCGGAGCCUUCUGCUUGGGGCGAGUUUAUACCAGGCCAAAGGGCGCAAGAAAGAGGCGUCGGACGCAGUCAAACGAGCCCUGACCAUCGAGGAAAGCAUCCAGCCAACCGGAUCAAGCCACCUGGCGCUCAGCCUGGCGCAGGCGUCAACGGUCAUGCGAGCACAGAAGAGGUACGACGAAGCCCUCGCCACCGCACAUCGUUCCGUCGCUCUGCACGGAAGGACUUCGCCCGCAAGCCCGCUCGAGGUCGCCGCCAGCUUAGACGCGCUCGGUAGUGUGCACAUGUGCCGCAAGCGGUACGCUGAGGCGCAGCCGCUGUUCAACCGGGCCCUAACCAUUCAUGAGGAGACUAAGACUGCCACUAGAGCGACGGCCGAAUUGCUAACUAACAUGGCCGAAUGCGCCGAGGCGCAAGGGCGAAAGGAAAAAGCGCAGCCGCUGCUGGAAAGGGCUGUGGGUAUUUUUGAGGAUCUGGGGGUGAGGGAGGAUGACCCCGCGUAUGCAAAGUCAAAGAAGAAGCUCGCGGGGUUCAAGCGGCCACUGGGCGGCUUCUGUUGCUCGGCCCCGAGUACCAUGUGAAGGAGAGAGAUUCGUUUGGUCUAACACCGCCCACUGAUAUUGGAGAAUGAGUCGACCAUUAGGUUGGAGCAAAAGGUAGUCAAAUGAUCUGUAGACGUACUUCGAGUUGUAAGUCCGACGGUUAUUCUCUUUGCUUAAGCAGAUGAAGGUUUAUGGGCAUCCAAUACGUGUUGAACUAAAAGGACUGGUUGCCAUUCGUAUGCAGCAGCGACAGCGAGCAAUCUUUCGAGACCAACGUUACGAGACAGUCUAAGUAUUGUGCUUUUAUUUAAACUGAGUCAGUUGUGUCCAGCUGAUGUGUUAGUAAGUUUGCAAGUUGGCAAGGCUGGUGUCUCAGAAGAUUCGAAAAAGCUCGCCAGAGUUGUUGCAAAGCUGUCAAACAUUAACCUUGAACUCCACCAAUCCAUAUUUUGUAGAUUUGAAAGUUGCCUGAGUCCAGCUCCAAUUGGUCUUAAAAAUUCAUCCUCGAAAAGCCACG